AUGAUGGGAAGCCCUCUUGGGAAUGGGAGUCUGCCACCUUUGUUUGAAAAUGCUGCUGCUGCUGCUAUGGUUGGAACUGGGUUGGAUUCUAGAGUACUAGGUGCUUUAGGGCCAAACUUAAUGGCUAAUGCAGCAGAAUUGCAAAAUCUCAGUAGACUUGGGAACCAAACUGCAGGUGUGCCUCUUGUGGACCCCUUAUAUCUUCAGUACUUGAGAUCAAACGAGUAUGCUGCACAGCUUGCAGCUCUCAAUGAUCCCAUGUUGGAUAGGGAGUAUGUUGGUAAUGGAUAUGAUUUUCUCCAAAAACUUCAAUUAGAAACAUUGCUGUCCUCCCAAAAGUCACAGUAUGGCGUUCCAUACCUCGGCAAAUCUGGUAGCUUGAAUCAUAACUACUAUGGAAACACAGGAUUUGGUCUCGGCAUGUCCUAUCCUGGAAGCCCAUUAGGGGGACCCCUUCUUCCAAACUCACCUGUUGGAUCGGGUGCUCCUGUGAGGCACAGUGAACGGAAUUUGCGAUUUUCUCCUGGGAUGAGGAAUCUGUCUGGGGGUCUCAUGGGAUCUUGGCACUCAGAAGCUGGUAGCAACCUGGAUGAAAGUUUUCCUUCCUCUUUACUGGAUGAGUUCAAAAGCAAUAAGACUAAAUGUUUUGAACUCUUGGAAAUUGCUGGUCAUGUUGUUGAGUUCAGUGCUGAUCAGUACGGGAGCCGAUUCAUUCAGCAGAAACUUGAGACUGCCACGACGGAAGAGAAGAACAUGGUUUUUGAUGAAAUUAUGCCUCAAGCCCUUUCACUAAUGACCGAUGUGUUUGGUAACUAUGUGAUUCAGAAGUUUUUUGAGCAUGGAUCUGCAUCCCAAAUACGAGAACUGGCUGACCAGCUAUCUGGCCAUGUGCUGACCCUUAGCCUUCAAAUGUAUGGCUGUCGCGUGAUCCAAAAGGCUAUAGAAGUGGUUAAACUGGACCAGCAGACUAAAAUGGUGACAGAGCUCGAUGGUCAUAUUAUGCGUUGUGUACGUGAUCAGAAUGGGAACCACGUCAUUCAGAAGUGUAUUGAAUGUGUACCCGAAGAUGCUAUACAGUUUAUUGUCUCAACAUUUUAUGAUCAAGUUAUGACACUGUCCACUCAUCCAUAUGGUUGCCGUGUGAUACAGAGAGUGCUGGAGCACUGCCAUGACACCAAAACCCAGCGUAUAAUGAUGGAUGAGAUUUUGCAAUCUGUUUGCAUGUUGGCACAAGACCAAUACGGAAAUUAUGUUGUACAGCAUGUGCUGGAGCAUGGGAAACCACAUGAGCGUUCAGCAAUAAUAAAGAAAUUAACUGGGCAGAUAGUUCAAAUGAGCCAGCAGAAGUUUGCCUCCAAUGUUAUAGAGAAAUGUUUAACUUUUGGCACUCCUGCAGAACGCCAGGCCCUGGUGGAUGAGAUGCUUGGCACCACUGAUGAAAAUGAGCCUCUUCAGGCCAUGAUGAAAGAUCAGUUUGCAAAUUAUGUUGUACAGAAAGUGCUGGAAACGUGUGAUGACCAGCAACUUGAACUAAUCCUCAAUCGAAUAAAGGUUCACUUAAAUGCUCUGAAGAAGUAUACUUACGGGAAACAUAUAGUUGCGCGUGUAGAGAAACUUGUUGCAGCUGGAGAGAGGAGAAUUAGCUUCCUUACUCUGCAUCCUACUGCUGCUUAG